UGUAUUUUUCUGUUCAGGACUUCAAUCUUCCAAAUUUCCCGGUGAGGACACUCAAGGACUAUAUAUACCCUCUUCCCAAACAUUGCUGCCAUAUUCAUUUUCUCUCUGCAUUUUUCUGCUCUUUCCCAGCUGUUCCAUCAAGGAGAGAAUGACCAUUCUCAUUGAGCAACCCGUUCUAUAUGAGUCACAUGUUGAAGGGAAAAACGUUCAGGUUGUAGAAACCAAUGAGCUUGUUUUGGAUGGUGGAUUUCAAGUGCCAAAAUAUGAGUCAAAAGAUGGAUUCAAUGCCCCGGAAAACAAUGCAUUUGGCCAAUCCUUCAGAGAUUAUGAGGCAGAAAGCGAGAGACAAAAGGGCGUGGAGGAGUUUUAUAGGUUGCAACACAUAAACCAGACAUAUGACUUUGUGAAGAGAAUGAGGGAGGAAUAUGGGAAAUUGGACAAAGCUGAGAUGAGUAUAUGGGAAUGUUGUGAAUUGCUUAAUGAAGUGGUGGAUGACAGCGACCCUGAUUUGGACGAACCUCAAAUUCAGCAUCUGCUGCAGUCUGCUGAGGCAAUCAGAAAAGACUACCCUCAUGAAGAUUGGCUGCAUUUGACUGCUCUCAUCCAUGAUCUCGGAAAGAUUCUUGUCCUUCCCAGUUUUGGUGAGCUUCCUCAAUGGGCUGUUGUUGGAGAUACAUUUCCUGUGGGGUGUGCCUUUGACGAGUCAAAUAUUCAUCAUAAGUAUUUCAAGGACAACCCUGAUUCCAAAUGCCCUGCUUAUAACACUAAAAACGGGAUAUACACUGACGGAUGUGGACUAGACAACGUGGCCAUGUCAUGGGGACAUGAUGAUUACAUGUAUAUGGUUGCUAAAGAAAAUGGCACCACUUUGCCAUCUGCAGGAUUGUUCAUUAUCAGAUAUCACUCUUUCUAUCCUUUACACAAGGAAGGUGCAUAUACUCACUUGAUGAAUGAAGAAGACAUUGAGAACAUGAAAUGGCUCAAAAUAUUUAACAAGUAUGAUCUUUACAGCAAGAGCAAAGUUCUAGUUGAUGUAGAGAAAGUUAAGCCAUACUAUUUAUCACUCAUUGAAAAGUAUUUUCCGAAGAAGCUUAAAUGGUGAUUCAUUAUGAGGAAGCGAUUGAAUGAAUUAUUUGAAUUCUUUUAUACACAGAUGUGUUACAUUUAUAUCGAAAUCCAUUUAUCAUUCACUUGCAAUAUGGUAUCAUGUAUUUAUAAAUUUAUUCACAUCUAUAGUGUAAAAUAUGAUUCACAUCUUUCUUA